UCCGGGAGCAGAGUCACGGUGCCAGACUCGCUGGAGCUGUCCUCGCCGACCGUGUCGCUGGGGGUAAAGAGACACGCAGAGCUAUGCAGUCUGGCCUCACACUUGUUUCUGUAGCCUUAACGUGCAGGGAAACCACUGUUUAUUUGUGAUGCUGUUGAAAUCUGGAGGGAAGUGAGUGGGACCUUGAAAAGAGACAUACCUAGUGACAGAGUUAAAUUACAGACAUUUACAAAACCAAAUGGAUCAAGCACUAUCUCCAGUUCAUUUUCCUGCCAAUGUUUUCAGUACUUGGUACCAGGGUCAAUCCUUAACUGCAGAAGAAGAGCUGGCUAGGACAUGGGCAUCCAGCAGUCAUCCCUCCAUAACACCAGCUGCAAUACACUUCAGGGCUGAGGGUGAAUGAACCAUUCAAAAAAUACGUUUGCUGAUGAGGUUUUAAAGAGAAACUUCCACCAGUUCACUGGUGGGACACUUAAGCACCUGGAUCCAUCAGAAACUACUGAAGUGAUAAUCCAGUUUUAACAGCAGUAGCUUCUUCUGCAGGUGUAGAAAGAAUAUAUUCUUCCUCUGCCCUAAUUCAUUCUUCAUUGAAAAAUUGCUUGGGAGCAGAAACAGCAGACAGCUUGUCUGUCUUUUCCAGUCUAUGAAUAAAUAGGAAGAGUUAAGGUGAAGACUGAGUUUGCUGCAUAACUCAGUAUUUUAAGUUUCUCAUGUUGACUUGGCUGGAAAUAUCUAUUUAAUUUUUGUUAGAAAUACAUCUCACAUUUAUAACUAAAAUAGUUAAAAAUUCAAAAAUACAUAUGCUUGACUUGUUAAAAUAAUUAUACAUGUUUGGGCCCAGAUUGUUGGGCAAAAUCCUAUUAGUCAUCCCAAAGCACAGGUGUGUUUAGAGUGACUCUAAUAGGAUUUUGCCCAAAAAUCUGGGUCCAAACUCAGCUCCUUAUUCUGGGCUAUGUACAGAGCAUGCAGGCCUGGAGGGAGAGGUGUUAGUUGGAAUAUCCCAAAUAGGAUAUUCCCCCAUAAUCUGGGGCCAAACCCACCUCCUCACCUGGGUCAAUGUACAGACCUCACGGACCUGGGGUCGACGGGCAUGUGAGACGUGUGCAGCAGGUUAGGCAGGGGACUCCAGGCUUCAAGGGAGUCCCCUGGUGGCAGGGACUAGGGGUUUGGGGAGACCCCAAAAGGCUUUUCCCUGGUAAUACUAGCUCCAAGGCAGCUCCUUAUUCAGGGCUAAGUACCUAGCACAGGUCUGGGUGGAGAGGUGUCAGUUGGCAGUCUGGCAGUCAUAAAACGGGCUUCAGGUCAGACAGGGGCUUGCCCAGGCUUCUUUGGGAGAGUCCCCUGAUGACAAAGAUAUGUGGAGCAGCACGACUAGCCUGUGAGACAUGGUGUGUGGCCCCUCCAGGCCAGGCCUGUGCCCUGCUGGAUUGGUCCUGUCCCUCCUCCCCAGGCCCCUGCCCCUCACUCAAACGGCUCUGCCCUCUGCUCCCCCGCUGCUCCCUCCGCUCUGCACUUCCAUGCCAGCCUGGCCUGCAGCACCAGGUCCUUCCUCUGCGGCCCCUCCAGGAGGUGGCAAUGAGCACCCGAGGGCACUGGCUUCUGCCCCCACUAGUGCUGACCCCUGUCACUCUCCCACAGGCUCCCACUCCUACCAAUAUUUCUACACGGGGGUGUCAGAUCCAGGCUCGGACGUUCCUGCCUUUACUGCCCUGGGCUACGUGGACGACCAGCAAAUUCUCCACUAUGAUAGCGAGACACGGAGAGAGGAGCCACGUGGUGACUGGGUGCAGGGGGCUGUCGACCCAGACUUCUGGGACAGGGAAACCUGGGCCCUGCGGGGCUGGCAGGAGGGAUUUGAAGGGAACCUGAUCACACUUCAGUUUCGCUACAACCAGACCGAUGGGUCUCACACUCUCCAGUUCAUGUACGGCUGUGAGAUCCAUGAAGAUGGCAGCACUGGAGGCUACAUGCGGUUGGGCUACGAUGAGAGAGAAUUCAUUAGCUAUGACCUGAGAACAUGCACCUGGGUAGCAGUCCCAACACAGGCCCGGAUCACCCAGCGCAAGUGGAAUGAGGAUAAGAGCCUUCUUCAGUAUACAAGAGCUUACCUGGAGGAGGAGUGCAUCGCGUGGCUGCGGAAGUACCUGCAGCACGGGACGGCAGCGCUGCAGAGCAAGCCCCCCAAGGCACAGGUGAGCAACAGGCUGUUGUUCCAGGAUGGACUCACCACCCUGUCCUGCUGGGUCCAUGGUUUCUACCCCAAGAAAAUUUCUGUCGUCUGGCUGAAGAAUGGGGAGGCACAGCCCCAGGAGAUGAGCCACUCGGGGGUCAUUCCCAGUGGAGAUGGGACCUACCAGACCCGGGCCACCAUCGAGAUUGACCCCAGCAGCAACCAUGAUUACAUCUGUAGUGUGAAGCACGUGAGCCUGGGUGCAGACUUGAGAGUGGCCUGGGACAAGAGCAGGAAGGAGCCCGAGUCCAGCAUGAUGCUGAUUGUGGGCAUCAUUAUUGCUGUGGUGCUGGUCAUCGCUCUGCUAGGUGCAGCUCUUUACUUCCUCAGGAGAUGGGGAACCUGAUGCAAUGCAGCGCCUGCCCCCAAAGGCUCAGACAGCCCCGGAAGUAUUCGCAAGUCUGAAACCUACCUCACAGUUUAACAGAGCCCGGUGGAGCCUGCACCGCCUCCUGAGGGGCCCAUGGAAGAGGAGAGGGAACAACACUUAGCAAUAUGCUGCACUGAUCCACCCCUUCUGAAUGCCUUAAUUUUGCCAGAGCAAAGCCCCUUGUUCUUGGCAGCAAAUAGUUUACGUAUGACAUUAAAACUGCUGGGUUGUGGCCUAUCUGAUGGGAUUAUGGGGAGGGGGGUAGGAUUUGGGGAUUGCCUCAGCUGAUCAGAUGGACCACAGUUUUGUUUACAUAUAUUUAUUUAUAUUUAUAACAUUUAAAUUUAUAAAUAGGGAGGUACUGAAAAAGCAUUUGCCAAAAAAUCAUAGAAAUUCAUGAAAAGAACAGAGCCUGCUGUUUCAGCUGCCUCCCGAGGAAAGGGUGGGAAGAAGGGUUUAUAGGAGGCAGAAGUGCACAGCCUUAACUGGGGGGUGCAGGAGAGGGAGUUGGAGGAUGAGACUGAAAUUGCUUCCUUAUUGCUGGUUCCUGGUUCUUCUUUCAAAGCUAAUCCUUACCCAAUUAAAGGUUGUUCGUAAUGAAUGGCACAGGCUAAAGACUUUAGGAUGUCCUCAAAAAUUUAUUAAUAAAAAUGUAAAAUAAUAUCAUGCAUCCAGUACGUUGCUUUGACCAAAGAUCUGAGAUUACAGGGAUUUUGCUCCAUAAUCCCAGUGUAAAGUUACCCUAACACACGUGUCUGUACCACCUGCAAGCAUGGUUGAACAAGUCUGAGCGGGGUGCUGCCUGGCCCAAAGCUUGGUUUUGAUAUGCCAGUCUGAAAAGUUACAGGUCCUCAAGCUCCAAUAAGGAUCUGGGUUUGGGCCAGGAUUAUGGGUAGAAAUCUUUUAAGGUCAUCCCACAGCACACUUCCCUGCCAUAUAGGGUGACAACCGAAUAAGCCUGGGCAGUGUCCUGCCCAAUACAAUGCUCAGCUUGUAAGUGCAAUGCUGACACCUUAUAGGCCUCUGGGCCUGAAUAACAGCUUGGGUUUGGGCUGGGGCUACUGGUGGAAAACCCUUUUAGGUCCCUAACACUGGGGGAGACUCCCAAAGGAGUGAGGGCAGAGCCCUGCUUGGCUCUACCCUGGUUUGUGAGUGACAACUGACAGACCUCGGGCCUAUGUGCUCUGUACUUAGCCUCGAAUAUGGAGCUGAACUUGGGCUGGGAUUGUCAGUGUGAGAGUUAAGCUACGCCUGCAAAAAUAAAUCACAAUCUCUUGUUUUAA